AUGAUCAAGGCAAUCUUCUACAGUAAAUUCGACACGAUAGAAGGUAAGGCCCUUCAAUACCAUGAUAAACCUUCAAUGACCUACAUAUUGACCACGUACUGGCGUACAGGACCCAAAGUUGUCCAUCAAGUCCCGGACGGAGCCAUCGUACCCUCCCCCACUGCGCCCUCACAACCACCCUUCCUCACCUUCUCCGAUGUCUCGUUCUUCGUUAUCCCCCGCCAGGAGCUCUGUGGAAACCUUUUGCAAGUCUGCACAAACGGAUAUCGUAUCCUGGGCUACCCAAUCUGCAUGAAGUCAGUGCGGUAUGACCGAAAUGAAUUCAUCUUCAACUUCUGCAUAGUCCUCGCCGAGGAGGACGACUUCAGCACAUAUAAGAGCGUGGUGCAGAAGGUAGCAGACCUAAUGCAUGGUCUGGAAGAGCAGAAUGGUUUCUUGUCUCGCGAUUUCUCGAAGAGUGGCGAAGGGAAGAUAUACAGUCUUUGUGAGAUGUUGAUGGAGGACUUAAACAAUUAUUGCGAGUGCAUGAUUCCCAUUGACGAAUUGAACACCCUGAACAUCAAACUUUUCCCGAUAUAUCCCUCUCCCCCGGCUGUCAAGGCUUGGCAGGUACCGCUCUUCACGUUGCGAUACCAGGCCUUCAUGGAUGAGAACUGGGACUUGACCAUGCAAAGGAUCGUACCACAUAUCAACGGCGUUAACAGCGUCCGCAUCAUCUCCGUCCUAGCCGACACAGACUUCUCCCUCACCUGCCGCGCCCUCCGACACCUUCUCUACUACGGCUGCCUAUUUAUCCUCGACAUCUUCUCCUUCUCCGCGAUCUACGCCCCAACCGCCCAAUUCAGCCCAACAAUAGGCUCUGACGAAGCAAUGCAACUAGAAUGUGCCCGCUACGUCAACCUGCGCUUCGCACCACACCCACCAACUGGCCCCCCCUCCCAUCUCCCCCCAACCCUAAUCCCAUCCCCAAGUGCCAACAGCAGCACAAACAGCAGCACCGGAACAGCCCACCUCUCCAGCUCCCUCCCAGACGCAACCCCAAGCCUCGUACACGAGGAAUCCCGCUUCGACGCCGAGGAAAUCUGGCCCCUCCUCGGCACCGAAGAACCUGCCUCAUCCUCCUCCACCUCCCCAACAUCAACAACCACCCUCCACAAACCCGCAAUCGUCGACGGCGCCGGGCUAGUCGAGCUCUACGCAGGCCUGAAACAAGGCCAGAGCGUCAAGCAGUGGUACGCAGCGCACAGCCGCUCCCUGGCAAACAUCGACAUCCGUCGCUUCAUCACCUUCGGCGUGAUAAAGGGCUUCUUGUACCGCGUGCAUAAAUACGCUUGCGCAACGAGCCAGCCUGCGCCUCCGUCGCGCGCCACUACGGGUACCAAUACGCCCUAUGCGGUCUCGAGUGUGCCGGAGGACGCGCCUAUCUCGGCGGUUGCGAGGAGGGAGUCUAGUCGUGAGCGGGCUGGGUCGGUGGUUAGUGGGGGUCGGAGUGGGAAUGGGAAUGGGAGUACGGGGGCGUUGUCGGCGUUUUGGGAAGAGGAAGAUGAGGUUGUUGGGGAUGAGGUUCUUGGGAAGUAUCUUGAUGGUACGCAUUGCUUUGAUCAGGUUUGUACGGAAUUGGAGAUGAGUGAGAGGGAGUUGACGGCUAGACUUAAGAGGUAUCCUUGGGAGGUAUUGAUUAUUCAUAGAUGA